UACAUUUACCGGAUGUCAAACUCAUUCGCGGCCAUAGUUGGAGGUGUUGUCGGGGCGCUAGCAGUACUGGCAAUAGCUAUUGGCAUCGCAUGUUACUGUAUAUCGCAGUGUAGAAAUUUAUCAAACAGGAAUUCAGAUACGGGUUCUUCAGAGCCACCUGCAACAGUGGAGAGGAAAAGAGGAGGUGUACCCAGUUCAUCCGCAGCCACCCCACCCGUGCCUGGACCACACGGAGCUACACAGUUCACAAUGGAAGAGUUGGAGCAAGCUACCAAUCUGUUCCAUGAAAGCAAUCUCAUUGGAUAUGGAAGUUUUGGCCUUGUUUACAAAGGGCUUCUUCGUGAUGGCAAUUUUGUGGCUAUCAAAAGGCGUUCUGGUGUCCCUCGACAAGAACUUGUUGAAGAGGUCACUUACUUAUCAGGGAUUUGGCACCGCAACCUACUUGCACUCCUAGGUUACUGUCAGGAAAGUGGAUAUCAAAUGUUAGUUUUCGAACAUUUACCUAAUGGCAGCAGCAUGUGCAAUCAUUUGUAUGAUAAAGGAGAGGACUCGGCAACAAAACUGGACUUCAAGCAAAGGCUAUCCAUAGGUCUUGGGGCAGCUAAAGGUUUAUGCCACUUGCAUAGCCAGAAGCCUCCCAUAGUGCACGGAAACUUUAAAACAGCAAAUGUCUUGGUUGAUGCAAACUUCAUUGCUAAAGUUGCAGAUGCAGGGGUUUGCAAACUACUUCAAAGAAUAGACGAUGCAGGUCCAUCUAGCAGGGCCAGCGGCAAUGUUUUCCAAGAUCCGGAGGUAGACCAAAUGAGGAAUUUCUCUGAAAUGAACGAUGUGUACAGCUUUGGGGUAUUCCUUUUGGAGCUUGUAACUGGUCGGGAGGCUUCACAUAUUGACUCAUUCGGAUCUAAUGAAAGUAUACUUCAAUGGGUGGAAACACAUUUAAGUUCAAAUGAUUUUGUGGACCGUCGACUAGUUGGAAGUUUCACUACAGAGGUAAUGAAAGAUUUUAUCAGGCUGACACUGCAAUGCAUGAGUUUUCCAGGAGAAAGGAGACCAAAGAUGGAAAUGGUUGUCUCAGAGCUUGAUAGAAUACUUGACAAAGAGAUCACACUCACCACGGUAAUGGGUGAGGGUUCCACUACGGUUACUCCAGGAAGUGAGCUAUUUUCUUCAAGAUGAGAAUGAUUAGAGAAGAAGAAUAAGAAUUUGUUGAUACUGAUCUUUUUUUGGUAAGUUUGUGGGUACUGAUCAUAUUUGAAUGAAGCUUAAGCUUAUAUAUCCAUAUGAGCAACCAGCAGCUAGUGAACUAGCUCUGGUAUGUAAUUUUUUUUCCCAUUAUUUAUUUUUCUUGGGAAAAUGGCAAGGGAAACUUAAAUUACUGAGAAAUAGGGUGGGGGGUGUAAGUUAUGAUCCUAUAUCUUUCUGAUACCAUAACAGAGCAACCUCUAUCAUAUAGAAAAGGGUAUCUUGGAAAUGUUUAUAACUUUGAGUCCCAAUUAGUUACAUAAUCUUGUUUGAUAACGCAGAUUUUUUUUCUUUGGAAUUGUAAAGCACCUAAUCAGGAUCAGUGAAACAUGAAAAACAAAGAACAAUAAAGAAGAAUUGUAAAUUGCACACAUGCAAGAACAUAAGAUUUAUGUGGUUCACCCUGAAUCUAGGGUUAUGUCCAUGGUCAUUGAGGUUUCACUAUAUGUGUGUUCUUUCACCAUUAUAGAGCAAAACCGAUAAUGAAACAAAGCAAUCACCAAAAGCGGACUUGUUGAGAGAGAAGUAGUUUCUAGUGUCAGAAUGCUUCAAAUUUUUACUUAAUCAAGAAACUUGGUCGAGCAGACUAGAGUACUUGAGCUGGAUACGGUUCUAAAAGGCAGUUUUACUUGCUAGAAAGGUCGCUCGAGCAUACUAUCGGGCAGCCUCUUGGGAUGGACUGGCAGUUUGACUUACUAGAAAAGCUACUCAAGUGGGUGAUUGAGCGGCCUAUGUCCUGCUCUAUUUUCUACCUCUGUUUCAUCUUCUCAUUAUGACAACAAAUGUUGGAUUGAUUUCCUAGUUUCAUAUAUUGAUACAUUAAUUCAAAAACCAUCAUUAUAGUUUUUAUAGUCAACAUUUCACACCCAUGUGUUGAACCUUUUCUUUAACAAUAUUAUUAUCUUCCAACACCAAAUUCGGAUCAUAUCUAUCAGCGUUUCAAUUCAUUGACUAGUGGUACGAACACAUUUUUUAUCUUGAAUCUCCUACGCCAUAUAGAUAUACAUUAGAUAAUCUAGUGGGAUUAGAAAUCACUUCCAAAGACAGCUGAUUAAGUUCCACUCCAUAGUCAAUUCUACUUUUAAGUUUUUCAUUAUCUUGUGUUUCUCAAAUUCACUGAAUUGUGUCAAUUUUAGGCUUAUUGAAUAAAUUGUUAUUAUUAAUCAAUUGAAGCGCCGCUUUUUCCAUCAUCAAAUACAAAACUUGAUAGUAAACAAUACAGCAAAAAAAAAAUGCAGGCUAGAGAAUAUCUUCAUUGAGUUUAUUGAAAAACUGAGAGAAAACUGAAGAAACUUUUCUAUAUGGGGGAAGAAAAAAAAAGUUGUCAUAAUCAGAAAAUGUUUGAGAAAGUAGCAUCAACUGCCAAGGUUUACAUGCAUUUGUACACUCCUUAGUUGAUUUUCCAGCCAUGGCCUUUGUCUCAUGCAUCUGUUUGGAAGGACAUUUUUGUUCUAUUUCCCAGAGGUGUCCUGGCUACAGUAAUAUUACUUCCAGCUGUCUCUGAAAAAAAAAAGUAGUAAAGCUGUGAGAGGUUCAAACAACUCAAUAAUGUCUUGACACAACAACAUUUGAUGUAAAAAUGAAUACAUAGAUACAUUUAUACCUCUAAUAUUAGCAUAAUGAUUUGCAGCCGCAUAUUCAGUCCCACUUAUGUACGAAGAAGGACAAGCAGGUGGGAAAACAGUAACAUUAUUCACAAAAAAUUAGAAUGGACAAUAAGAUGUACACAUUUUUCUUGUAGACCACUCAUUAAUUAUGGAAAAAAAGCUCUGUGACUCUUGCUUCUAUUACGCUUGGGACACCCUCUAUAGGGCUAAGGUUAUUUUCCUACUUUACACUCCGUUCGUUUUGGCAUAAAACAUUUCUGAAAAAUAUUAGCAUUUUUUGGCAUAUGGUAAGACUGAAAACAUUUCCAUGGUCAAUAAAAAAUAAGUUUAUCUGGGCUAAAAAAAUUUCCACCAUUAAAAGGUGGAAAACACUUUCCACGCUAAACUCUUACCAACACCAUCACACUAUCACCACCUUACUACCACCACCGCCACCACGGCCUCCCCACGAACACCACCACUACUACAACCACUAGCACAUUAGUUUCAAGGUUGCAACCAAACAUAAAAUGUUUUCUAAAAAAUGUUUUUUGUAAGAAAAUAUUUUUUACUGAUCACAUGAAGCGUUAGUCUAAUAGUAAAA